AUCAUGCAUCGUUCUUGUUCUUCCGCAGUCCUUCUCUCUCUUCUCAACAGUUACCUUGCCGAAGCUCGCCCAGCCCCACAGGCCAAUCUGCCUCCAUGCCCGACGAUUGUGAAUUUGCCAGAGGCAACUCUCACUCUUAGUCCAGGUCCAUCCGAUGUCGUUGUGAAUGGCUUUCCUGAUGGCGCAACUUCAACUAUCUCGGCCAAUGGACCAGCCAUCACUAUCGGACCAAAUUUGUUAUCGUUGAACGCAGAUAAUAACGUCAACCUCAAUGGCUUUGUGUUCUUGUUCAGCGAUGAUAUGUGUCCGAAACUGGUCAUACCAAUCACCAAUCCAGAUCCUGUACCUGGCGAAAAUACAGAUAUCAUUCCGCCAAUUCCAGGACCAACUGAUAUACCCCCAGUUGACGACAACCCCGAUGGAACACCGAUUGUUCCUGCGCCUACACCUAUCCCAGACCCACCUGAAAAUCCCGAAGAACCCAUUGAUCCUCCGAGCGAAAAUCCAGAGGAUCCACCAAGUGAUGACCCUGAUCUUCCUGUCAUUCCAAUCCCUCUACCGCCUCCAGUAAACCCAGUUCCGUUGCCGGAUCCUAGUCCAGUGCCAGAGCCUAUCAACCCUAUUCCAGAGCCCGAUCCAGUUGAACCCAUUCCAGUUCCUGACCCGGUUGAACCCAUUCCGGAACCUGACCCGGUCGAGCCUAUUCCAGUACCUGAUCCAGUCAUCCCCAUCCCUAUUCCAGGACCAGUUAUUCCCAUUCCAGUACCCGAUCCUGUAAAUCCCAUUCCUGUGCCAGAUCCCGAGAACCCAAUCCCCGUACCAGAUCCUGAGAACCCGAUUCCGGUUCCUGAUCCAGUUCCUGACCCAGUCGAACCCAUUGAUCCAACUAUCACACCUCCUCCUCCUCCCCCGCCUAACAACGAAGAUCCCGAUGAUUGCGAAACUCAGACAGCAAACGUAUGCACGCAAGGAUGUAGCUUCGGCACUAACGACCUUGGAAUCACGACAACUACUUCAUGCAAAGAUCCCAGUUGCACAGCAACAACAGCCUGCGGCGUCUCCGACUCUACCACUACCACGACCAUCGAAGCACCAGCCUGUACCCUCGACUUGACCGACGGUUUAGUGCCAGGCUACCCCUUCCCUGUCGACGGCGACGGUCCGCUCCCCAGAGCCGAUGCUCCAGCCAACGUGCCCGCCCCAGCUGAUCCCCAGCCCACACCCAGCGAACCGAUUGACCCCGCCCCAGAACCCACCGACACACCUGUCGAGCCACCUCAGGAACCUCAACCCGAGCCUCAACCCGAGCCCCAACCCGAGCCCCAGCCUGAACCUGAACCCGAACCUCAGCCUGGGCCCUCACCCACCGACCAAGUCUACCAAGCAGGCAAACUCACCGCAGGCGAUGGUACUGAAUCCAUUGUCAUGUACCGCAACCCUCGCGACUCGCCUCUCAACGUCUGCACCGACAGCCCCUUUUACAAGGAAUCGACGCUCGUCGGGUUGUCAAAGCGCUUUGACAUUCCGGAUUCAGACUACAAGAAUUGCGACUUUGUAGGUAUUGGGAGCGAUCCGUUGGGGAUUUACUGUGAGGGCAAGGAGAGGCUGCCGUGUGUGGUGACGGAAGGGUCGAGCUUGGAUAUGUGCUUGGCGGGCAAUGGGGAUACAUUCAGUGUUACGUGGAAGUGCAAUGAGUAG